UCACUCUCUUUCUCUGUUUGUAACUCUUUUCUCUUUGUAGCUCUUUCUCUUUGUCAUAACUCUUUCUCUCUCUGUUCAUAACCACCGUUUCCGAUGGAGGGAGGAGUACCAGAGGCUGAUGUCUCUGCCUUCAGAGAAUGUCUCUCCCUCUCAUGGAAGAAUCCCUAUAUUCUUCGGCUCGCUUUCUCUGCAGGAAUUGGUGGUCUUCUUUUCGGCUACGACACCGGGGUCAUAUCCGGUGCUCUUCUGUAUAUUAGGGAUGAUUUCAAAGAUGUCGAGAGGAAGACUUGGCUUCAGGUAAUUGAAUGCAUGAUACUUACCACACCAAAGAGCCAAAAUCAUGAAAUAAAAAUGAAAUCUGUAAAAUUAAACUAAACCUACAUGAAUUCCUCUGUUUUUAUUUUAUAGAAUUUAAUGUCCUCAUCCAUUUUUUCUGUUACAGUAAGCAAAGUUGCACGCAGAAACACGAGCAUAUGGUUUUGUGCAUUCAUAAUAUCUCUAUCCUGACACGUUUUCGAGGAUUUUGUAAUACAUUCAGUUAUUGUGGGUUUGAUUUGGAGAGAAGAAAAAUGAGG